UGACGGGAGGAGGCGCUGAUACUGGGACUGAUCCCGGGGCAGAGAGAAGCCAGAGGGAGCCGGGAGCUCGGAGUGGCCGCACCUGUCCCGCUACCUCUGAAGUCUGGCUACGGGAAGGCGCAUCCCGGCUUACACUCACCGCCGGAGCCGGUAUUAAUUCGCAUGUUGCGGGAUAUUUGCUUUGGAUAUGUCUGUGUGCCCAAUGGUUGCCAACUUGCAGAGGGAGAGCCGGCUGGGUGCCCUACGCCUGGCCGCCUGCAGAGCCAGCUCCAAGCGCCUGGAGAGCGACGAACCCCCGGCUAAAUGCCCGCGUCUCACCGAGAGCCCCCCGGACAGUGGCUUCCUGCCUUCCCCCGGCUCCCCCCAGCCCGCCAGCCCGCACGGUACCAGCUCACACCCCCAAGGACCUACCUGUAUUGGGAACUACCUCCUACUGCCUACCGGGGACCGGGAACAUGUCUGCCGGGCUCUCAACCUGCACACCGGCCGGGAACUGCAGUGCAAGAUUUUUCCAUUAAAACACUACCAGAAGAAAAUCGAGUCGUACACCCACCUGCCCUGGCACCCCAACAUCAUGGGGAUUGUGGAAGUCAUUCAGGGGGACAGUAAGGCCUACGUGUUCUUCGAGAAGGACUUUGGGGACAUGCACAGUUACGUGCGCAGCUGUAAGCGCCUCGGGGAAGGGGAGGCCGCCAGGCUCUUCCGCCAAAUCAUCAACGCCGUCUCCCACUGCCACCGAUCGUCGGUCAUCCUCGGGGACCUUAAACUCAGGAAGUUUGUGUUUGCCGACAAGGAAAGGACACAACUAAGACUUGAAAGCUUGGAAGACGCCCACAUCAUGAAGGAGAAUGAUGACUCUCUGUCGGACAAACAUGGCUGCCCGGCUUAUGUCAGCCCAGAGAUAUUAAACACCACUGGGACUUACUCCGGCAGAUCGGCUGACGUGUGGAGCCUAGGGGUGAUGCUCUAUACUCUUUUGGUGGGACGUUAUCCUUUCCACGACUCGGACCCCAGCGCCCUUUUUUCCAAGAUCCGGCGGGGGCAGUACUGUAUUCCCGAUCACGUCUCCCCCAAAGCAAGGUGCCUUAUACGCAGCCUUUUGAGGAAGGAGCCCUCUGAGCGACUGACGGCGGAAGAGAUUUUGUUGCACCCCUGGUUUGAAGCUGCUUCUAACCCAGGAUGUGCCGAUCAGGACACAAGUAGCAAUGACCAACUGGUCCCGGACGUUCCCCAGAACUGUGACGAUAUUGACUCGUUCUGCUAACCUCGCUCCGCCCUGACAGAACCUCCAGGAAUUGCCGAUUCCGCUUUCAAAUAACUGAAGGGAGCACAUACGGAAUGUUUGGUGCAUGAUGUGUUUCAUUUUAUCACACGUUACCUACGCGCCCCACUGACUUUGCCAGCAGUUAUCCUGUUCCAGGCGCUUUCUCUCAUGGUGCAACCGUUUCAGGUUAAGGUUGGAAACCCCUCACGCGGGUCUGUAACUUGCCAACAGCGGGAUUCGUUUGUAUUUUCACAAAAGUAUCAGUCGUCGCGAUCUGCAAGAUUAUUGUACUGUAAAUCCAGUUUGUAUUUCAUUACUUGGAAGAGUUGGAGCAUU